UCUGUUUAAAAUAUGAAUAAAGAAAUGCCGUACUCCAGUUACUGCUUACCAUUCCAUCUAGUGGUGUUAAUUGACUUUCUUGCUCUUUCUUCGCCACAUACCGCCAUGUUUUAGAUUACUUCCAUAGAUUAUUUUAAUUGUCCAUCGCCGACGGCCGACCUUUAUAUUAUUUUGACUACAAUGGCCUGUCCACAGCUUCCAAAGCGUGAUUGUAAAUUUAGUGUGACCAGGGAGAAAAUAAAUUCAAAAUCUUUGAGAAUAUUUCGUCAUAUAUCGCGGACUGUCAGUGGCGAGUCUUUGGAACCUGCACUCAGUGACAUUAUAUUAUUUGGCAGGACGUUAUCUUUUACUAAAAACAGCAAUGAUGUUGUGGGUGUCUGUUGUGGUCGUCCACAGAAGAUGUACUUUGCAGAUGAUGUGAAUGAUGAAGAGCUAUUUCAUUGGAUUAAUUUUCUAUUUGUUCUUAAAGAAUAUCAGGGCAAUAAUCUGGGAAAGCUAAUGUUAGAGGAAAUGGAGAAUGCUCUUUGGUUUGGAUCACCUGCAAACAUAAGGGUCAAGAGUGCAACCAAGGCUGUUGGUUUCUUUCAAAAAAUAGGUUAUAGCAAAGUGGGUCCACCUAUUGACUGUUGGCAUUCAGGGAGUGCUUUGUUUAAAACUUUGCAUGUAAUGGAGAAAGAGUUUGUACAAUCUGAAUAGGAAAGCAUUAUGUCAUCUCACAAAUGCUGUCAGCUGCUAAGUGCGGGUUUUUGUCAUUGUCUACUUAGUUUCAAUUUUGAGAACUGUGAUACUUUUUUAUAAUUCAGGCAUACUUUUUCAUACAUGUCUGUAUAAAAA